UAUAUGAUCAGAGCCAAAACAGACCUAACAAAACCAAUGGCUAAUCAGGAAGAAGAGGCUCUUGGUAGAACCGGUUUAGCCGAUAAGUACCGCUCCUUCUUGUACGAAGGUGCAGCCGAAGGUACCCAGUGGAGGCACGAUGGCCCUCCGACGUACGACUCUGUCAACCUCCUGUUUGAGCAAGGCCGGACCAAGAUGUGGCCGGAAGGAUCAUUGGAGGAGACGGUGCAGAACGCUAUAAAGUCAUGGGAGAUGGAGUUCUCGCACAAGACUCGUGUGAGCGACUUCAUGACGAUUAAUCCCGAGAAGUUCAAGUUAAUUGUCAAUGGGAGCGAGGCCAUGUCGGCGGAGGAAACCCUCAAGCUCGGGUCCUACAACGCGCUGCUGAAAAAUUCACUUCCGGACGAAUUCAAGUACUAUAAAGUAGACGAGGAGACGUUCGAGUCAUCUCACGACGCCUUCAGGUCAGUGUUUCCACGAGGGUUCGCAUGGGAGGUGCUCGAGGUUUACUCCGGGCCGCCAUUGAUAGCCUUCAAGUUCAGGCACUGGGGGUUCUUUGAAGGGCCUUUCAAGGGCCAUGCCCCUACUGGUGAGAUGGUCCAAUUUGUUGGCAUGGGGACCCUCAAAGUGGACGAAGCCUUGAAAGUUGAAGUUGUGGAGAUAUACUACGACCCAGCAGAGCUCUUCGGUGGCCUGCUGAAGGGAUCCUCCAUCGUCCCAUCUUCUACUACUGCUAUCACUACUACUUGUCCCUUCCAUGCCCAUUAAUACAUAAUUAAUAAUAUAUACAGUAAAUUUUGCAGUGCAACAACUUUUCCAGACUAUUUGAUUCGGUAAUUACCUAACAAUUCAGAAGAUCAUAUGUCAGUGAUCGCAGAUCACUGUGUAUUCAAAUAUAUAUCGCGUGUUAUUUUC